AUGGAAUUUGGUGUCAUUAAGCUAUCUUCGCCUCUGUCUUCUUCAGCUCUCAAUCUCCAGGAUUUUUCAUCACCUGUUGGUAGGAAUCAUUUUAAAAAAUCUUUACAUCCUCAGUUGCUGUCCUCUCCACUUCCUAAACCCUUUCUUCAACUUAAUGACAGACCACACAGCUUUCCCUACCAACAAAACUCUGAUCAUCUCUCCCCAAGAACGUAUCGAAGAUCCAUAUCAGCAGAAGCUGGAAAGCAGAGUUGGGACUUGGGUAGAUUUUUUAAAACAAUAUUUUUCUUCAACGAACCUCCCUCUCCUGCUAAGUUCUUUGAGUUUGUAAGUGAGAAACUAUCCAGCCCAUCACCUAGUAAACCAGAAAAGAAAAUGGAAACUUCUGGCAUUGUCCUAGUGGCUGGGGCAACUGGUGGUGUAGGUCGAAGGGUGGUCGACGUCUUAAGGAAGAAAGGGCUUCCAGUCCGAGUAUUGGUUAGAAAUGAAGAGAAAGCAAGGAAAAUGUUAGGCCCGGAUGUUGACUUGAUUGUUGGAGACAUUACUAAGGAGAGUACUCUGGUUCCCGAGUACUUCAAAGGAGUGAGGAGAGUGAUUAAUGCUGUUUCUGUCAUUGUUGGUCCAAAGGAAGGUGACACUCCUGACAGGCAAAAAUACAGCCAGGGAAUCAAGUUCUUUGAACCAGAGAUCAAGGGAGAUUCACCUGAAAAGGUGGAGUACAUUGGAAUAAGAAAUUUGAUCAAGGCUGUAAAAGGAAGCGUUGGACUUCAAAAUGGAAAACUACUAUUUGGUUUUGAAGAUAAUAAUUAUAGGGAAUUGGCUUGGGGUGCUUUAGAUGAUGUUGUGAUGGGUGGAGUGAGUGAAAGUACAUUUCAGAUUGAUCCAAACGGUGGUGAAAAUGGUGGACCAACUGGAAUUUUUAAAGGGGUUGUUUCCACUGCAAACAAUGGUGGUUUUACCAGUAUCAGAACAAAGAAUCUAUCAACAGCUGAGGAUCUCUCUGCAUAUGAUGGUUUGGAGCUGCGCCUUAAAGGUGAUGGUCGUCGCUAUAAACUAAUUGUUCGCACAAGUCGUGAUUGGGAUACUGUUGGUUACACAGCAGGCUUUGACACUGUUGGAGACCAGUGGCAGACAGUACGUGUGCCAUUUUCUUCGUUGAAGCCGAUAUUUCGAGCAAGAACUGUAUCAGAUGCGCCACCUUUUGACCCCAGCAAUAUUGUGUCAUUGCAGCUCAUGUUUAGCAAGUUUGAAUAUGAUGGGAAACUGAAUCCUACUUUUGUGGAAGGGGCAUUUAAGCUUCCAUUAUCAAGCAUAAGAGCAUAUCUAAAAGAGCCUAUUACUCCCAGGUUCGUACACGUAGGUUCUGCAGGAGUUACCCGACCCGACAGGCCUGGACUUGAUCUAAGUAAACAACCUCCUGCUGUUCGCUUAAACAAGGAAUUGGAUUUUAUCCUGACAUUCAAGUUGAAGGGGGAGGAUUUGAUACGGGAAAGUGGAAUACCAUACACAAUUGUGAGGCCUUGUGCAUUAACUGAGGAGCCUGCCGGAGCAGAUCUCAUUUUUGACCAAGGAGACAAUAUAACGGGUAAGAUAUCAAGAGAGGAGGUUGCUCAGAUUUGUGUUGCUGCGUUGGAAAGCCCCUAUGCAUCUGGCAAGACAUUUGAGGUUAAAAGUGUGGUGCCAUUUAGUGAGCCAUUUACAGUGGACCCUCAAAAUCCACCCCCCGAGAAGGACUACAAUGUUUACUUUAAAACUUUGAAAGAUGGAAUUACAGGAAAGGAAAUCCUCGAACAAGAUCCUGUACCAGUCAAUGAGUCAAUGACUGAUGAGAAGAAAAUCUGUCAGCAUGUGUAUAUACUCGUAGCAGAUGAAAAGCAGAGGCUUCUACAGGAACUUACAUAA